AUGUCUGCAUUCAGCAAAGCACUUCCAACGGCUAUCAAAGAGAUCAGAUUGGUAGGAUGCCAAACAGGAAACAGAUCUGAAGGUUUAAGUAGACAAUUCAUCAAAUCAAGCUACCCAGCUUUGAAGCAAUCAAAUCCACACUUACCAAUUCUCGUACGCGAAGCAUCAGGUGCACCAGCACGUGCGUUUGCUAGAUUCGAAUACGGUUUAGAGAAGAACGUAACUUUGGAGGGAUUAUCUGCUGGAGAAGUUACAAAGCAAAUUGAGGGUUUAUUGACGAAGACCAAUUAA